AACGUCUUUUGGCUCUUGCCAUCAUCUAAGGCUAUAGCUUUUCGCAGCUCAUUCGGCCGUCCGAGGUUUUGCGCGUACCUUGUUGCCUCCCAUGUCCUCAUCCGAGGACAGCGGUCCGCCCAAGGCAUCCAGGCAGAGAAGACUACCCCACGCAUGCGAUAAUUGUCGCAAGCGCAAGGUCAAGUGCGAUAGCGCGGAGAAAGACGGCCGGUGCACCAAUUGUGCUGGCUUCGGCAUUCCUUGCGAACAUACUAUCCCGUCCAAGCGUCGUAAUGCACAGAAGGGAUACGUGGAGGCGCUCGAGGGCCGCAUCAAGAUGAUGGAAGACCUGUUGGUGAAGCAUGCCCAAAGGACAUUGACAGAAGCGGACGGUACAUCUGCACCUACUUCGACAACUGGCACCGAUGGCACCUCACCGCCGUCGCAUGAGACAACUCCACCAUCGCAUGCCUCCCCCGAAGUAGUCGAACGCGAGAACGAGUACGAACGCAUGCAGGCCGAGCUGGUCAACAACAUGAACCGCGUGCGCGUCACCGAUUGUUACACUCGCUACUUCGGGCCAGCCAGCACCUUUCACCUAGUCAGCACCGCUCUCUCCACUCAAGCCAAUGGCGAUGAGCUUCGAGGCGAUCCAGCUAGGCAACCUGAGGUCUACCAGCGGUAUCAUGAGAAUAUCGAGUCACUCGGCUGGGAUAUCAUGCCUUGGGAACACGCUAUCAUGCAAGAGGAAGCAUAUGAACCUCUCGACUUUCCCGAUGACAAUCUUUUGCGCCACCUAACAGACGUAUACUUCGAGAUCCCCAACAAUCUCCUGCCCGUACUACAUCGCCCGACUUUCGAGCGGGAGCUGCGCGAGGGGUUGCAUAAGCGUGAUUGGUACUUCGGCGCCGUGGUCCUGAUGGUGUGUGCGUCUGCCUCAAGAUACACGGACGAUCCUCGCGUACUUCUGCCGGGCACCAGCGAUCAGCGGAGCGCGGGGUGGAAGUGGUACAGCCAGCUGCCCCUCAUCAGGAAGAAACCCCUUUGGAUGCUGCCGUCUCUGCAUGAGUUGCAAUAUUACGCUAUUGCCCUGACCUGCGUGCAUGGGACAUCGGCCCCACAGAGUUCGUGGGCCAUGAUCGGCGUCAGUCUCCGCUACUGUCAAGAGCUGGGUAUCCAUCGGAAGUCGUCGGACCCACACUUCGUUCAUAACGAGCAUUACACCAGGGUAUUUUGGUCGCUUGUUGCUAUCGAUCGCCUCAUCAGCUCUACGCUCGGGAGACAACCGUGUAUAACCGCCGAUGAUAUCGAUGCUGACCUCCCGGUCGAAUGUGACGAUGAGUACUGGGACACCGGUAAUCCUGCCACAGUGUUCAAACAGCCGCCUCGAAUACCGUCGAAGUUGGCCUUCUUCACCCACUACGUCAAGGUGACGGACAUCCUGUCGCAUGCUCUCAGCGCCCUCUAUACGACGGCCAAGUCUCGCAUACGAGCAGGGAACGUUGGACCUGAAUGGGAGCGACGCGUCGCUUCUGAACUGGAUUCGGAGCUGAACGAAUGGCUGGAGGGUUUACCUGAUCAUCUGCGUUGGGAUCCAAAGCGAGAGAACAGACUUUUCUUCGACCAGUCUUCCGUGCUGUUUGUCACGUACUAUCAUGUGCAAAACACGAUUCAUCGCCCUUUCAUUGGGAAGUCCUCUCCUGUGACCUUCGCUUCGGUCGCAAUGUGCUGUAAUGCCGCCCGGGCGUGCUCUCGCGUCUUUGCAGCACAAGUAGAGCGAGGGAAUCCUAUCGUCACUUCAGAGCUGCUGGUCGGCGCCUUUAUGAGUGCCGUGUCCUGCGUGAUGAAUAUGUGGGGCGGACGUAAGAUGGGCAUGACAAUCGACCAGAGGCGGGAGAUGGAGUACGUGCAAAAUUGCAUACGAUACCUAGAAGCGUGCGAGGCGAAGUGGCUUCUUGCUGGCCGCUUCAAGGGGUUGAUCCGUCAUCUUGUGAACAUCCAUGACGCCCAAGCCCACCCAGACUAUGUAUCGAAGAAGCGUCCUCGAGACGAAUACGAAUCCUCACCCUCAGACACGAUGUCCUCCGGCCCGCCUACCACCGCACAGCAUACACCUAGCGACAGCGCCAGCCAAGGAGGCGCUCAACCGGAUGUAUGGGACAGGACCGAUUCAAGUACCUACUGGAACGUCAACAACCUACUCUUCCCUCCGAACGUCCCCACUCCAGCGCCCUCGCGCUCGACUAUGCAGGAUCAGGGCUUUGCACAACAAAGAUGCUACGAUCCCUUCGUCUCGCUGCCCGACCCGUCGCAGAUGCAAACCACCUUCCAGCAGCCAGGGCAGGCAUCAAACUUUGAGGGGUUGUCCGAAGCCGAAUUUGCUUCUCUGCCAGCUCCUGUGGACGACGUUUUCAACAUGUGGUCACAAUUGCCAUCUACCAUCGACCCACAAACAUGGGAAUCAUAUAUAAUGAGCUUAGACCAACCAAAAUCAACCGCUAUGGAUCGUGGUAUGCCAGACCAGACGUUCUUCUCCGGGCAUUGAUGUUGCAGUCGUCGAAUUCGCAUUCGUUUGUACCCGUAUCAUUGUUAUACAAAGUAUUCCUUGUACUAUACAUCCGGCAUAAUCCAUAGACGUUUGAAUU